AUGGCAUUCUUACAUGAGAGGAUGCUUAUUAUGCAAGUCUCGUUGGUAAUGGUGGCGGUGGCGACUACAGCAGUUCAAUUAGCCCUACCAAACUGCCCAGACAAGUGCGAAGAUGUCACAAUUCCAUACCCAUUUGGCGUUACUGAAAAGUGUUACAUGGGACCUGAGUUUUUCAUCAGUUGCACAGCUAACGGAACAGAACCAAUUGCAUAUUUGGCGGGAGGUAAUCUCCCUGUGACUAACAUAUCUCUUGAGGAAGGUGAGUUGCAAAUACAGAUGCUUAUUACCAAAGAUUGUUAUGACGAACAGGGCGUGCAAACCAAUGACAGCCAAGACUCCUCUUGGAUCGAGACGCCUGAAUUCACCAUAUCCGCUACCAAAAACAGGUUCAUGGCUGUUGGUUGCGACACUGUUGCACUUUUUGGAGGCUACCGAGGAGAAGAACAGUACAUGAGUGGGUGCACAUCUUUUUGUCAGAGCAUUCCCAGCGUUAACGACUCUUGCUCCGGCAUCGGGUGUUGCCAGACUUCCAUCCCUAGCGGACUCAAAAAGCAGAAUAUAACAUUGGAGAGCUAUUACAAUCACAGCUGGAGCUUCAACCUCUGCAGCUUCGCCUUCGUUGUGGAAAAUGGCCAAUUCACAUUCUCCGGGGAGACGAGUUUUCAAGUACUCAACAACACUACAAGUCUUCCAAUGAUUCUCAAUUGGGAAAUUGGGAAAGAGUCAUGUAGUGCAGCUCAAAAGAGAGUGGAUUAUCCAUGCCACAAAAAAACUACCAAGUGUGUCGACCGGGUCAUCGGUAAAACGUCUGCAUCGUCUGGUUACUUUUGCCAGUGCUUGCCUGGAUACCAAGGGAACCCUUACCUCCCAGAUGGUUGCCAAGAUAUUGACGAGUGCGCUUUGAAUUCCACCCUUUGUAAAAAUGGAAAGUGCAAAAAUCUACCUGGAAAUUACUCUUGCUCAUGUAAUAGUGGCUACAAAAACCAGGACGCCAUUACGUGCAUCAAACCUGCCUAUGCAAUUUUAUUGAAAAUUACGUUGGGUAUUCCUUUGAGCAUCUUGGUUUUAGUGGUUGCGAGUUUUUGUAUAUAUCAGGAAAUGAAGAACAGAAAGUUCAACAAACUCAAACAAAAAUACUUUGAAGAUAAUGGUGGCUUAUUUUUAAAGCAAGAACUGGCUAGUUAUGCUGGAUCUGUUCGGACAGCAGCCAGAAUUUUUACUGAAGAAGAACUUAAAAAGGCUACAAACAAUUAUCAUGUAAGCAAAAAAAUUGGUGAAGGAGGCUAUGGAACUGUUUACAGAGGAAUACUGUCAAAUGAACAAGUGGUUGCCAUAAAGAAGUCCAAAGUAAGUGCCCCAAUUACCGAGAGUAGGCAAUUUGUUAACGAGGUGAUUGUUCUUUCUCAAAUCCACCAUAAAAAUGUUGUGAGACUAAUAGGUUGUUGUUUGGAGACCCAAACACCAAUAUUGGUUUACGAGUUCAUCGCCCAUGGCACUCUUUAUGAGCACAUUCAUAGGAAAAACAACAAAGCAACAUCACCCCUUUCAUUGCCAUUACGAUUGAAGAUAGCAUCAGAUACAGCAGAGGCACUAGCUUACUUGCAUUACUCCACUUCUACCCCAAUCAUACACCGAGAUGUGAAAGCAACAAAUAUACUGUUAGACGAAAACUACACUGCAAAAGUAUCCGAUUUUGGAGCUUCACGAUUGGUUCCUGAUCAAGAUGAAAACAAACUAUCAACUUUUGUGCAAGGGACAGUCGGAUACUUAGACCCUGAAUAUCUUCAGUCAAACAUACUAACAGAAAAGAGUGACGUCUAUAGUUUCGGAGUUGUCCUAGUGGAGCUACUCACAAGCCAAAGGGCUUUUUGUUUUGAAAAGCCUGAGGCGGAGAGAAGCCUAGCAAAAGUCUUUGUUUCCUUGUUGGACUCGGAUCGCUUGGGUCAAAUUCUUGAUGAUGAAAUAGUGGAGGGACACUUUGAGAGAGUCACAAAAGUGGCCGAUCUGGCAAAAAGAUGCUUAAGGCUAAGGGGGGAAGAAAGGCCCUCCAUGAAAGAAGUAGCUGCGGAGCUCGAUCGAUUAGUGCCAACUAUGGAACUGUAUCCAAGUGGAGGAAAGCCUGAUUUCCCUCGAACUCACAAAGAUACCGACUACUUGCUUGGGUCACCUGUUUCAAGCUCUUCCUUUGUGGAUAUCAGAGGUGAGGGUGAUGCUGGUAGUUAUAGUAGUAUUUUAAUCAGUGCAGAUUAUGAAAGGAGCAUGCAAAAUCAAAUCCAGAUGGUAACGCCUCAUGGAGAUGGGCGAUAA